CUUCAAACACGAUGUCCUUCAUUUGACGAGCUGCUUCCUGCAGACGUUACGGGAGGUGGUUAUGUUGGAAAAGAAUGCACCUCUCACAUAGAAUGCACGAGGGGUGGAGUUAGGCGUACUUGCAGCGCAGUGGCCAAUGGAAAGGCUCGAGGAUUAACAGCAGUAUUUAUCAACAGUUAUGUUGUGCAGCAGAUUAGACCAGUACUUGGGAGAUGCAACAGCAGACACCAAGGAUGAUUUUGCACGUGUCCCUUUUGAGGGCGCUAUGCUGCCUGCUGUUAAUGCCAGGUUUGCUAGAAGCAACAUCUCUUGUGAAAGUAAAGAUUCCUGGAGGGAAUCCAGUUAGCAUUGACUCAGCUCAAGCACACGAUUUCUUGACUAAUUCUCGACCAAAGAGGAACAUUGACCCAAAGUGGUACCGAGGAACUCCUGAUUUUCAGUCCUACUACCGCUUCUACAACAGCAUUGGGCACAUUGAGGGACUCUAUGAGAUUGACAGGAUCAGGAUGCUGUAUCAGCAGAUGCGUCACUUGGAGUUGACCUACGGCCCAGAUGCCUCCAGUUACCAAAAUGUCCUGGGUGUAUUGACUAGCACCUCAGCACCCACUACAACCACCCAGCCUCCUCCACCUCCCACCACCCCUGCUCCUACACCAGACCCUCUGGAGAACGCUCAGAGGAUCUAUCUCUGUAACCCCAAAGACCCACUGUGCAAACCUCAGAUCGUCUACCUGCCAACAGGGGCUGUUCCAUUGCUGUGUGACCCACGACUCAACCCCGCCUGCAGGCCAAAAACAGAGGAGGAGAUAAAGGCUACUGCUCCUCCCGAACCACCCCCACCACCUCCUGCUCCCAAAAAGUCUGUCCCACCACCACCUCCUGCUAUCACUGUCAAAGGUAUGGAGUAUGACUGUGACCCAUACUGGGAUCCUGACUGCCUCAUCGACCACCCUCCCCGCCCUAUCCAGGAAACAUCCACACCAGAGGAACCUGCUGAGGAGAAAGUGGUGAAAGAGGAAGUAGCAAAAGCAGAGGACAGUGCCCCUGCAGCACCAACCACCCAGAAACCCCCCAACCCUUACUUUGAUCCCUAUGAUUUCAAACGUGACCUUUAUGACCCCUUUCGCUAUGCCAAUCCAGCUCCAGAACCACAGUAAAAACAAAGUGCUUAAGAAAUUAUAGCCUUCUAUGUAGGGCAAGACUACAAAAUUAAAUCACAAGGUCACACCAAGACAGGACUGUGAGCAAAUCCACAUAAGAAAAAAAAAAAAUUUCCAAUCACGUAGAUCAUA